AUGCUGAACGAUAAUGCUCCGUUACUUGGAGGCAAUCCAGGGACUAAAUUGAAUAUUUCAACAUUUCAAAAUUCAAUUAGUAAAACAUUUAUAUUAGCUUUGAAAUCGUCGCCAGUUAACUAUCUUUUAAUAUUUGUACCAUUGGGUAUAGUGGCUGGAGUGUUAGGUUGGUCUGCCAAUGCUGUGUUUUGGCUUAAUUUUUUUGCAAUUGUUCCUCUUGCUUCAUUAUUGGCAUUUGCAACUGAAGAGUUAUCGGAACAUACUGGAGAAACCAUUGGAGGCUUAUUGAAUGCAACUUUCGGAAAUGCCGUUGAAUUGAUUGUAUCUAUAAUUGCAUUGAAAGAAAAUCAAGUUAGAAUUGUGCAAGCAUCAAUGUUGGGUUCAAUAUUAUCUAAUUUAUUGUUAGUUUUAGGAUGUUGUUUUGUUGCUGGAGGUUUUACUAGAGUGCAACAAACUUUCAAUCAAACCGUGGCCCAGACCAUGUCGUCAUUAAUGGCAUUAUCAACUGCAAGUUUAUUGAUUCCAGCAGCAUUCCAUGCUUCCUUACCUAGACCAAAAUCUAAACACGAUUUCCCAAAUCCUGAUAGUAGUGAUGGAUUGAUUUUAUCAUUAUCAAGAGGUGUUGCUGUUAUAUUAUUAAUUUUAUAUGUCUUGUAUCUUUUAUUUCAAUUGAAGACUCAUAAAUCAUUAUUUGAAGAACAAGCUCAAGAAGCCGAUGAUGGAAUUAUCACUACCUCAUUACCAACAGAUGGAGCUAAUGAUAAAGUGGAAGAACACUUAUCAGUUACUGGUUCUCUACUGGUAUUGGUUGUUGCUACUGUCUUGGUAUCCUUUUGUGCUGAUUACUUGGUUGGGUCGAUUGACGAUAUAGUGGAAAGUUCAGGAUUAUCUAAAACAUUCCUUGGUUUGAUUGUCAUUCCAAUAGUGGGUAAUGCAGCCGAACAUGUUACUGCCAUCAUUGUGGCAAUGAAAGAUAAAAUGGAUUUGGCCAUUGGAGUUGCAGUUGGUUCUUCUCUACAAAUUGCCAUAUUUGUCACUCCAUUCAUGGUUUUAAUUGGUUGGAUCAUCGACGUACCAAUGUCGUUAUAUUUUUCUACGUUUGAAACUGCUAUUUUAUUCGUUUCGGUCUUCAUCACUAACUUGGUGAUUUUGGAUGGGGAGUCCAAUUGGUUAGAAGGUGCUAUGUUGAUCAGUACCUACUUGAUCAUUGCCUUGGCUUUCUUCUACUAUCCUGAUAACGUGUUAAACUAG